AUGGAUUAAUAACAUGCUUCUAGUUAAGGAACAAUUCUUACUUGUGAAAGAGAUUUUAAUCUUGUAACAGGUGAUCAUGCAGUGGCUAAUUUAUCUAUUCUGGACAACAAAGCUAACUAAACUGUGCUCAACAAUGUAAAUGAUGAAGAUAACUUAAAUUAAAAAAUACUACUACAAAUGGAUGGGAAAAUAGAAGUUGAGGAGAAGUAAGAAAAAGCUAAGAAGCCGAAGUCUGAUGAUACUGCAGGAGAUAUAUUUUUGUUGAUGUUUUUGGACAAGACAAGAAAGGUCAAGAGAAAUGGCUUGGAAAGACCUUUUCAUACGUUUUAAAAACUAACUUGGAUAGAGCUUUUAAUUUAGAUAACGAUGGUUACUGUUUACAUAUUUAUGAUAACUGUUUUUGCUUAUCUAUGCACUAGCAUCAAUCCUAUUGAUAAAAAUAUAUCAGUGGAAAAAGAAAAAAUAGAAAAAGGACAGCAGAUUGUUAACACUCAGUUUAACUUGAAGUGUUAGGUUUGCGACACCCAUAUCCACAAUCGAAGCAAGCAUUGUGGAGUAUGCAAUAAAUGCGUUUAAAAAUUUGAUCAUCAUUGCUUUUGGCUAAAUAACUGCAUUGGCUAGCAUAAUUAUACAAUCUUUAUGGUUCUUAUAAUAAUAACUUUUAUCCAUACUCUAUUUUCAAUGGCAUUGUAGUCAUAUCUAAUUUAUCUUUGGAAUACAAGCAAAUAAGAUGGCUAUUAAAAUUAUGAGCAAUACAGCAAAAACGAUAUCAGUGUCGGUUGGCUUGUAGGAGUGAGUAUUACUUUGAUAUUCAGUACUUUGAAAGGCCUAGGUUUAUCAUAAUUAGUUGGCUGGCAUAUCUAUUUUUGCUGUGUUGGCAUUACAACUUUUGAUUAUAUUUAUGAAUAAAGAAAAAUUGAAAUUGUGAAAAAGAGUUAUAAGAAGUAGAAAAUUACAAAGGAGAGAUGCUAGUAUAAAAUUAGAAAGAUCAAAAGUGCAAGGAAGCAUAUUAAUUAAAAGAAAAUUGUGUCAAAAUUAUUGGUCUCUGUUGAUAAAUAUCAAGAUGAGUAGCAAAAUAAGGAAGACACAGAUAAGAAUUAGCUUUCUGUUAAAAGUAGUGAGGAUAUGAUUGCGAAUGAGAAGAAGAACAUGCAGAGCCCCACAAGAACAAGAUAGCUUAAAGGAAUUGGAAUUUCUUUGAAUUAAGACUCAGAAGAUUCACCCUUGCAAAUUUGA